AUGCUAAAAAUUGAGGAAUAUGUUUGUAAUUUAAAAGAAUCUAAAACACUAUUCAAUGAUGCUUUAAGAAUUGAUACACAUUAGUCAUCUGCAUCCUAUGAUAAUACAUAAUUGUAUUAUAAUUUAGUAUUUACAUUAGUUAGAAUCCAAUUUAUAAUAUUGUUCCACCUGAAUAUUUUUAAAGCAUAACUGAAAAUAAAUACUCAAAUAUCUUUAGUUCUUAUAUUCAAUCUCCAAAACAUGACGAACUUUAAUCAACUAUAAAAUAAGCACCAAAAAAAAGAACAUUUUCAUUUGCUGAAUCAUAAUAACUUAAUAAAGAUCCAGUAUGCAAUAUUUCAGCUGAUUUUGGAUAGAAUACUUAAUUACCUACAUAAAAUGAAAUGAAGAUUUACUCUAAAUUUAGUUAAGAGAAGAGUUUAUAAAAUAUCGAUACUCCAAAUAAAGAGAGGUAAUAGUUACAAGAUUCUUUAUUGGUUAUGCAUAAUAGCCUACCAUAAUCAAAAUUUAGUUCUCCUUAAAAGAAAUAUGUUAAAGUUCAAAAAUUUAAAGACAUCAAUUAUAGUUUUGAUGCAAAACAAACUUAAACAACUCAAGUUACAAAUACUAGUUUAAAAGAUAAUAAUAAUACAGAAUUUGAAUUAAUCUUUAAAGAAUGUUAAAAUAAUUUCUAGAAAAAUAAGGCAAGAAAAACAGAUGAAUACAUAGCCUGUAACAUAUAAUGA